CCGCGCUCAAAGGAAGUGCCGACAGAGCGCGCUCUGGCAUGGCCCGCGUCAAGCCGCUGCGACCACCGCCACCUCCACCGCCGCCGCCUCCGCUGCCUCCGCUGCCUCCGUCUCCGCCCACGCAGCCGCCGCAGCCGCCGCAGCCGCCGCUGCCACCGCACCCGCCGCCGAGUCCUCCGAUCCCUCCCUCGCCGCCUUCGCCGCCUCCAUCGCCGCCCUCACCGCCGCCGCCGCCGCUCUUUCGCUGCCACGAGAUGCCGCCGCUCACUGUGGCGAUAGCCAACGUCAUCGUGGCGACCUUCAUGGCCGAGCACCCUCUCUCGGCGCUCGCUCCGCCUCCCGAGGGCGUGGAGGUGAACACUUACGCCCUCACGACGAACGUCUAUCGAGCAAACAACACGCUCGAAAGCUUCAGCUACGAGGGCAUCAAGCUCUACGGCUGCGAGCGCGACGGGAUCGAGCGCGAGCGGUCGUGGUUUGAGCGCUUGCUCGACGCCACGCCUGAUGCCCUGAGCGACGUCUGGGGCGUCGCCCCCGCCUCUGUCAAGGACCAUUACCUGCCAGACGCGAUUCGAAUGGAAGUGACCGGUGUGCGCUUCACCGGUACACUCAAGUACCACGUCACUCAGCUCGGGAUUCCGGCCGGCAGCGGCGACCUCCGCUACGAGGCGGGAGGCACGAUCGUGUACGACGACAUCUCGAUUCGGAUGUCGGACAUUGAGGCGGACCGCGGCGCGGCCGGCAGGCCUGUCCGCUGUGGAGGCACCGUCCAGAUGAUGUCCCUCAACUACACCGGCCCCUACCACGGCUCCGAGUGGAUGUACAUGGGCAACUCUCCCCUCCGGCCAGACAUGAUGGGCUUUAUCUGCGACGGCCACGAGACGGAGAACCACAACCCCCUCUCGACAGGCUGGCACUGGGUCGGCCCGGGACCGCCCCCGACCGGCCUGCUGGCAAAGUCGAGGGAGAGCCUGCAGGAGAAGUGCGCGCUCGCGACGCCCGUCGAGCGCCUGCUUGGCUUCUGCGUCUUCCCGUGGGCGUGGCCUCAGGCGAUGGUGCGACUGGCAGAGAUGCGCCCGGGGGCGGCGACCGCGGUGCUGGGCUUCUACUGCGUCCUCCCGGCGGCCUUCUGGCUCGGCGUCAUCUGGUGCUGCUGCCGGCGAUCGCGCCCCGCAACGGCCCGUGCGGCGACGCACCACUCUCGCACCAUGCGCCCGUCCGAGUCGUAUGAGCCGGGCGCGCGAGACAGCUCCAAGGCGCCGCCCCCGUUCGUGCGCAUCCCGUCGGAGGCGCCGGUGGGCGUCACCGUGGUGUGGUUCGUCGGCGCUCUCGUGAGCAAGUGGCGCCGCGGCAGCUCGCGCGCCGUGUCGCGCAAUCCGUCGCAACAGUCGGUGACGAGGCAGUCGGCGACGAGGCGGCCGCUGCUCCGUGAGAUGAGCGACGAGGUGGGAGCCGCGAGCUCUCGCCCCGCCGGGCCGACAUGCGGACCGGCCCUCACAGCGCUGGUGGCCGAGCAAGAGAGGGAGCCGGCGCAGCAGCUGCUCCGGGGCUGCGGCCACGCCAGGCAGCGAGCGUCGCAGAAGCCGUCGGCUGUGACCAUCGACAUCGACCGCGACAGUGCGAGCGAGAUGCAGGUCUAGACCACAGAGUCACCCCGGAUACGUUCUUGCAUGUUGAUCUUCUGUGGCCCGGAGUACUCUGCUUUACGUGUAUGUUCCUACGUUCAGUGCGGCGGUUUGUUCAGUGUAGCUGCCUGUGUUGUCGCCAGUGUGCCCGUGAUCGGUGUGCGUGAUGUGAUGUCGUCGGAGUCUUCAGUCUACGCUUGGCGCCCUCCGUUACCGCCCUCGUACCUAGUUUGUGACGUACGGC